GACUUUGUGUCUGUGCGCCUCUAGACUGUUUCAGCUGCCACGACGCAGAGCGCAAACAACCUGCGUCCGACACUUUUUUGUCCAGACGUCGUCUCGGCAAAUUUUUCACAAUGACCAUGGCCUCAGAGAACGUGUUUUUGUCCGCUAUACAGCCCAACAGCUCGGUCACCACCUACGGGCUCCCGUCCGAAAUCCAGCUCGGGGACGGCGGCUCCGUUGCGGACGAGGUGGCCAGAGCGCGGCGCGUCCAGCAGCAGGUCCAGAUGAGACUGGCCGAGAAGUCCACACUUCCGCGUCAGAAUGGAUCAGCCACACAAUACGCGAUGUCAGACUAUGGCGGUUCUUCAACUAUGAAAUAUCAGACCUAUAAUCCAGGUUACAGCUCUAAAUCAUCCUACAUGUACUCAGGCUCCAAAACAAUGGGUCCACGAAUAACCCAGAAGUCAGGCUUCAGCUGCCAGUCUGCUAGCCCAGUCAUGACCCAGUUCCAGAAGAUCAGUGUAGGGGGUGGAGGAGUUGGUGGUAGCGGUGGUGGUGGGACUUAUUACCGAGAAGACGUACGCAUAGGUGGCUACCAAGGGAACACCAGGCCGCAGAACCGAAUGGACCUGGAAACCGCCUCCCUGCAUUCACUCCGGCAGCAGCCAAUGCAGUAUCCCUGGGCGGUCGAUAGCAGCGAUGCUGGCAGCAUGGUCUCCGACCGGGACGCCACCUACGGGCGCCAGUACGCCCAGAGCACAAUGAAUGGCUACACCAGCCAGGUGAGACAAGGAGGAGGCACUAUGCGCCGAUCUCUCAGUGGCACUCUCUCCCGUGGCGGAGGGAUGGCAGGAGGAGAGACAGAGAUUAUCCAGCAGCAACAUUCCUUCAAAGGCCCAGCCCACCGCACCAUUAGCAGGAUUAACAACCGAAACCGGAUGAGCAUGGGCUCCAUGUCUGGGACCCUGCAGCACCAGAUGUCGUCAGGUGGGAGCAUCUAUGGAGGAGGAGGGGACAGAGUGGACAGAGGGUUCAUCGCAUCUGGAGUGUCCUCUGGUUCCCAGGGGAACCUAAUGAUGCAGCGUCAGAGUAACCUGUCACAUGCCAUGUCCAUGAAAAGCUUACACAGUGUGGGCAAAGGUGUGGACAUUUACAAUGGGCAGAUGCAGAUAGGAGCCAGCAUGGGCAACCUCAGCGGGAUCAACACCUUGGACAUGCCCACAGCAGUGCAGUACCUGAGAGAGCCUGAUGCUGCUCUGCAGGUCCUGGGGGCUGCAUACAUUCAACAUGAGUGUUACAAUGACAGCGAUGCCAAAAAUGAGGUUCGUCACUGCAAGGGCAUCAGCGAGCUGGUGAAGCUGUUCAACUCCGAAAACCAGGAAGUGCAGCGUUAUGCCACUGGUGCCACACGCAACCUUAUCUAUGAGAAUAUGGACAACAAGGUGACCCUGAUCGAGGAGGGCGGCAUCCCUCAGCUUGUGGAAGCACUUAAGGACUCUGAUGAUGAGCUCCACAAGAACAUCACUGGUAUCUUGUGGAACCUUUCAUCCAAAGACAACCUGAAGGAGAAACUGGCCAGAGAGAUACUUCCUGAACUGACAGAGAAGAUCCUCAUUCCUCUGUCAAGCAGCGGAGACUCCGGGGGCAUCCAGCAGUCGCCCUCCGAGGCAGACAUCUUCUACAACACCACAGGAUGCCUCAGGAAUCUGAGUUCAAAUGAGAAGACCCGUCAGCAGAUGAGAGAAACACACGGACUGGUGGAUUCUUUGGUGGGCUACAUCAAGGCCUCGCUAGAUGAGAACAAGACAGAAGACAAGGGGGUGGAAAAUGCAGUGUGUGUCUUGAGGAACCUCUCCUACCAGCUCUACGCUGAGAUACCUCCAUCUGCUCUGAUCCGCCUGGAAGGACCAACCAGAGCUCAAGACUCAGGGAAGGACUCCAUCGGUUGCUUUACACCUCAGAGCAGGAAAGCCAAAAAUAAGAAGAACCAGGAUCUCACUACUUUCACCGAGGUUGCUCGCGUGCCAAAGGGGAUUGAGUGGCUGUGGCACCCUCAGAUAGUGGGGCUGUACAACCGCGUGCUGCAUCAGUGUGAGAUCAACUCCACCACCCGCGAGGCGGCUGCUGGAGCCCUGCAGAACAUCACAGCUGGAGACAAGAGGUGGGCUUCAGUGCUGAGCCGGGUGGCUGUGGAGCAGGAGCGCAUGCUACCAGUGCUGCUGGACCUGCUGCGUACCAACAAUGACCUGGAGCUGCGUUCCCUCACAGGCUUCCUCCGAAAUCUGUCUCGCCAUGCCAGAGAUAAGAGUGACAUGGCUACAAAGGUGGUGAACAACCUUGUGACCAAGCUGCCUGACGAUGGACGUCAGAAGGAGCCCUCGAGCGAGGUGGUGGUCAACAUCUGUGGCGUUCUCAAUAACUUAGUGACCAGCACCUCCGUAGCUGCCAGAGACAUCACCUUCUUCGAUGGCCUGACAAAACUGGUCGCCAUCAAGAACUGUCACGACAACAGCACUGCAAAGAUAAAAGCAGCCAAAGCAGCAGCCACAGUUCUCAGCAACAUGUUCCAGUACAAGAAACUGCACAAAGACUACAAACAGAAAGGGUUUACAAGACCGGAUUUUGCCGAUACGACAAUGUAAAAGAACGUGAUCAGUCCUACACUCUACCAGCAACCUAUGAAGAAAUCUAACCCUUCCAUACCAUCCAAAGAUAACGUAGGCUCAGUUUUUAUCUGUAUCCAUACUUGAUAAGUGAUAAGAACAUGAACAUACAAGCGACGGAGGAUUCACCCCGGCGGAAAAGGACUUCCUGUGUAUUUUAAAACUCGAUGGACAAAUCAGUACAAAUGUGGAUCCAGUACGUUGGACUAUUGAUGGACUCAGAUGCAAAUGUGUGCACCUUAAGCAUUUACUCUCUUUGUUUAAACACUGUAUGUUUUAGUGUGGAAUCAGGGAUUUCUUUUCUGUCAGAGCAACGUGUAUCCAGAUGAAACUGCAACUGUUUGUGUUUCAGUUUGGACAACAUGGUGGAGACUUUGUGCCUUGUUUUCUCACUGUUGCAACUCAUUUACAAUCAAAUGUGGUACUGACAUGGCAUUUUUGUAAAUAUUGCUUUCUCUUUUACACAGAAAUCAGAUGUAAUUUUUUAUAUACGGUACUUUGUUUUUGUAGUUUUUGGAUAGAUAAAUAUGUUCUAUCAGGAACAUAAUGUGUUUAUGAAUGAGUCAAAAUAUCUGAAUGUACACCAGAGGAGAUUUAUAGAAAUAGUUUGCUGAAAUUUGGAUGUUAAUACAUUUGAUUCAGAAAUCUUGGGAUAAUGGUUGUACCUGCAAAGUUCAUUUUUGUAUCUAGUUAUGCGCUUUUCAAAGAUGCAAAAUCUUAGUCUUGUUAUACAAAAUGCUGAUGUGUGACGUUUGCAAUCACUUUGUCUAACAGAUCUCAGACUUUAUUUUUCUUUUUCAUGCCAGUUUAACUGCUGUUUAUCUGAUGUAAUUAAUGGUGUGUGUGUGUAUGAUACACAGGGGGUUAAAAAAUGAUGCAGUUAUAACUUUGUUUUCAGAACAAAUAUAAUAUUUGUUUGGUAUUUGAAAUCUUUUUUUAUAAAUGUUUAUUAAUGCCAAUAACAAAAUUCGACACCUUUCAGAUUUGGGUCACAUUUCUGAAAUCUAAUUUUUUCAUAUUGGCAAGUUUAAUAUUCUAAAAAUAUUUUAACUUGUAAGCAUUCAUACAAAAAGGUUUGUUGCAAAAAUCUCAAAUAUUAACUGCUCUUUGGCGAUAAGUGCUGACCUUGUGUUUCUGUGUUUUGUUUAAAGCUGUUUUAAUAUCUCUUUGUUUAAUAUCUUUAAAUCUUUGUGUUGUGUACAGGCAGAUGUAGCAUCUGGAUAUUUUUCAGCUAAUAAAGAGAAAGAUUUGAAUAAUAA